ACAACUCAAAACUGCGUGUUUCAAAGCCAUCUUCAAUACAUUCACACCACACCUUUUUGUUAUCAGGACUUCAACUUCCCAGCCACGGAGAAGGAAAAUCCUGAAGGAGUGAAUUGGUUGUACCACCAGAAGUCCCUGCAGCUGUAUCUGUCUCUGCUGGGCUGCAGUCAGAAUGAGGCCACUCUGGAGGCGUGCUGUGGAGCCCUGCAGAACCUGACCGCUUCAAAGAGCCCUUUGUCCACUCUGAUGAGUCAAAGCAUCAUAGAGAAGCUGCAAGGCCUGUCUGUCAUUUCGCCCCUGCUGAAAUCAGCAAACCCAGGCCUACAGAAGACCACCAUGUCCUUAGUGGGCAACAUGUCCCGGGUGUCAUCUCUGCGGGGAACUAUGGGUAAGAGAGCCCACAAGAACAUGUGGUUCAAGGAGAGUGUGCUCUACAAUGAGUCUCCUGAACCUCUGCUUGCUGCAGUUUUGCAGCAAGGGAUGAAAAAGGACACGUUUGUAAAUGCCGUCACUGCUACAGCGUACGAGGACGCGACACGCAUGAAAAUAUCCUGAGAGAUGUGCAAGUGACUGGAAAGAUAGUUUGUUUUAUUUUAUGGCCUUGAUUCUGAAUCCUUUCAUACUCCUACUUAAUAUGAUUUUUUUUUGUAUUUCAGUUCUGCAGGAAGCCACAGAGUUUCAGAAUACUGUCCUGCCUUCAUACAGUGGAGAUCAAAAUUAGAGACCAAUCUAUAAAUACUUGAUUUUUUCUGAAAUAUUGUUAUUCUUCAUCGCUCAAAAUUGGAAGGAAUAUUAGCUGUGGGUAUUCCACUGCUAAACGAACAUGUUUGACAAAAUAACCAAGGCAUUUCAACAACAAAA